AGCACUCUUUCUCGUGUGAUGUUUCUUAUAGGGACAGUUCACCAAAUAUGAAAAUUCAUUCAUUAUUUACUCACUGUGGUGUUCUAAAGCCGUAUGAUUCUUUUUCGCAACACGAGGAGAAAUAAAAUGUUCUGCUCACGCUUGACCACAGUGGGAAUGUUGACCUUCUUCAAACUUUAAAAAGGUCCCUUUUAAAGCUUUAACAAGGUGACCAUUUAUUGCCAUUAUGUGCACAAGCACGACAUUCAAUCUUUAACUUAAAUCGAACUUCAUUAUAGGCUAGCCUUUAAUUUGAACAUAAUUAUGCAUAAUUGACUCUUGUCUGAAUGUUAUGUGUGUUUUUGUGUUAUAUGAGGAUGUAAUUUAAGUUUAGAACUAACAAAAUUAUUCUACUGCCAGACUGCCACAGGCUACAAUACCAUAGGCCUAUUGUUUUAAAACUAAUAUUUAUUCAUGUUUAUUUGUUCAUUUAUUUAUUUAUUCCUCGAAAAGAGCCUGUCCACCUGUGUGCUCUCUGUGCGCAUGGCCUCUGUGUUGAACGCUUUUUAGAGGGAGGCUAUACGCGGGUAUUUUUCUCCUGUGUAAAUGAGCGGGACACAGACAUUGUGUCAGACUCUCCCUCUCUUUCUCUCUCUCACACUGACUCACUCACUCACUCGCUCACAGCUGCAGAGAGAAGCAGCGCAACACACACCGUACAGCAGCACACGCAGCGCGAUGGUGCGCGUCUCUCAACUUAACAGCGUUUCAACACGGAAUCAAACUUGUGGACUUGUGAGAAAAGUCCGUUCAUCAAGACUGUCGAGUGUUUAACCUUGAUAUACGCAAAAUGGAAAACAAACUACUUCCAGGAUCCUAACACAACACCGCGACGAACAAGCUCAUGGUGAUAUCCACAGGAAGGACUAAAGACGCGCCACGCACGGUCACCUUCGCUGUUGAGGAGACUUGCGAGAGGAUCCCAAGUACAGCAUCUGCUCCGUAACAACGACACGUUCCUGCCAGCAGUUACGACCGAACCGGAUCCCGCAGAUCAAUGAAGAAUGCGCGAGCGCACGCACAGUCGAUGAAGCCGGCGGCGGGAUCAUGCGUGUUCUGCCCGAGCCGAGCGCGCAGUCACUGCGGCUGGUAUUUCUUUUCGUCUUCGUCAUGGAUGUAGCGCCGUCUCCGGCUCUAACCGCCGGCUGCCCGGACCGCUGCGUGUGCGACGACCAGCUGGUGGUCCAGUGCGCCUGGCAACAGUUAAGCGACUUCCCCGUGGAUCUCCCGCUGGCCACCCGGCAGCUAAUCAUCUCCAAUAAUCGGAUCGGCGAGUUGCCGGCGCUGCAGCUCAACUACCUGUCGGACCUGGUGUACCUGGACUGCAGCAACAACUCGUUGACGGAGAUCUCCGAGUCCACCUUUGGAAACCUGCGCAAGCUCGCCUACCUGGAUCUGUCUUUCAACAGCCUGGCGCAAAUCGAGGACCGGACGUUUGGCCCGCUGGCCAGCCUGGUGAUGUUGAGGAUGACUGAUAACCCAGGGCUGUCGGAGAUCCACCCGGACGCGUUCGCGGAGAACGCGGCGCUGCAGGUGCUGGACGUGAGCCGCAACAACCUGACGGCGCUCAACAUCAGCUCGUUGAUCGCGCUGCCGGCGCUGCGCUCUCUGGGGCUCAGCGGGAACCCCUGGAGAUGCGACUGCGACACGGAGGACCUGUGCCUCUGGAUCCAAAUUGAGGGCUUCAAGUUCCAAGAUGAGGGGCAGACGGUGUGCCAGGGGCCCCCGGACAUGCUGGGUCAGCGUCUGGCGGAGGUGGGCAUGCAGCUGCGAUCAGAAUGUCACCAGGGCUUGGGUUACUGGGACUACCUGUUCUUCAUCGCCAUCGGCUUCGUCAUCUUCAGCGCCGGGACGGUCUCGGCGUGGGUGAUGGGCGUGCUCAUGGUUCUGUACGAGCGGUACAGCAAGAGGAAGAGCGAGGAGCUCGACAGUGAGGAUGAGGAGGAGACAGUCAGCCGAGGGGCAGGAUGCGGAGGAGGAGGGGGAGGGGGUAACCAUGGCAAUGGGGACCUGAGCAAACCAGGCAUGCAGGUGUGACCAGAGGACAGAGGGACGCUGGGAAAUCUUUGAUGAACAGACAGCGAGCUGCGGACAGAUUCGCAAAGGAGUUUUCUUUUCUAUAAAGAGAUUUUAAGUGCACUUUUUAGAAUGUGUCAACAUUAGUUUUAGUUUAAGAGAAGAGAAGGGCAGGACAGACAGAUUAGAUUUAUUUCUAUUCUUCUAGGUGGACUCAGACAGACAGAGAGACAGUUGAGAGGGUCACAGUGAACUGUGUUUUUGACAGAUCUGGGGUUGGUCUUGGUUAAAUGCAUAGAAGUAAUGCUCUCACACACACAACGCUCUCCCCAGUGUUAGUAAUGUAGUUGGGGCAGGGUGACAGCACUGUGUUUCACGCUAAUGAGAGAGACAGUAAGAAGAAAGGAAAAAGAUAGAUAGGUAGAGAGGCUUGAAGACGAAUCCAGUAUGCUAUCUCAGCUUUUAUUUUUUGCUCGGUCAAAGAAAGGAAUAUUAAUGGAGGAUAAACAAGGCAGUCUCUCCAGACUCAUGCAGUGUGAAAUGAACGAAUGGAAGACGGAAGACUCUUCUAAACUGUCUGCACAACUCCAUGGAAGGCUGAAAAUGCUUUUUUUAAGGGGUCACAGACUGACUGACUGCUUAGAUGAUGGAUUGAGAACAUUAUAUUGCAGGGCUUAACAAUAAGGAUUUUUUUUCUGCUCACCCGGUCAGGCUAGUAAUUUUCCCUCGACAAAUAUAAUAGCUGAUUUUAUCAUCAAUAAAUUAAUUAAUUUUAAAAAAUACGCUAUUAUUCAAACGUUUGGAGUCAGAUUGUUUUUAAGAAAUUAAUAUCAGCAAAGAUGCAUUUAAUUAAUCCAAAGUGACAAAGUCAUUUAUAAUGUUACAAAUAAAUGCUGUUCUUUUGAACUUUCUAUUCUUCAUACAAUCUUGACA